AUGGAUCAACACAAUCAAAUGCAGCAACAAGACCCGACGUUUUUUAUAAACUUCAAGAAUCAUUGCCGCUUUUGCGGUCAAGAGCUCCAGCCUCACCAGAUACUGAACAUGAACUCGAUCUGUGAUGCUCAGGCGGGGCGUUCAUUCUUUGAUUGCCACCAGAUGUGUUCUGGCAAGGAUCUACGUCAGUGCCCAAACAGCGCCCAACCGUUGUGCAACGACUGCGGUGAGAAGCUUAAAUGCUUCCACGAUUAUUGCAAGGCCAUGGCUAAGUACGUAAAAGAGGAAGAGAAGGCUGCAAAAGCGGAAACCGAGCAGAUGCCGAUGGCCAAGGCUCAGGUUACCAAACCCCAAGCCAUGACAGAUACCGAUCUGAUGGCAAAGCACGAGACUGCUGAAAAAGAUGGACAACCUGUGCCUCACUUCACUUGCAAGAUAUGCCACAAGGCUUUCAAGCAGAAACGAUAUUUGAAUCGGCAUCUGCACCUACAUGACGCUAAUCGUCCGUUCCACGGUUGUCAGCAAUGCAACUCAAUGUUCGCCAACAAAUUUUCAUUGAGCAGACACGUGAAGAACCAGCACUGCGAUUUCUGCGAAAAGAAAUUUGGCGUAGCUAGAUGCCUCAAGAUCCACACUAAAGAGAACCAGCAAUUGGCCACAAGUGCAGUUACUGCGAAAAAAACUUAGAUCUCGGAUCACUGCACGUUCACAUUGAGCGCCAGCACGGCAUGAACCUGGCGCUGCAGGAGCUGAAUGCGAUGUCUGCGUCCCACAAUAUUCGCCAAAAGUUGGUUCUGGCAUAGCCAUAACCCAUAAAAAUCAAAUUUUAGGGAAAUUUCCUUACAAAUAUCACAUUGAAUGUAUUUCACGCUUACCUUUGGUUAACUUACAUAAAUAUUGAGGGAUAUACAUAGAUAUAGAUGCUCAUAGAUAUACAUAAAUGGAUAGAUUUUGUUAUCAUAGACAAAAUAAAUGCAAGGCCCAAUACUCUGAAGGGCUUGCGGCACUCAAUUUUC